UUUACUGUCAUUUUACAAUAUUUUCAGACGAAACUUUUUGGAUGGAAAAAAUAAUUAAGAUUUAUAUACAUUAUGUCUGGACUGGUUAAAAGUAGUUUUUCCCUUUUAAAGAGAUCAAUUUUCUCUACAUCGGUUCGUGCUAUUGUUACCACCAAACAACUUCAUGUAAAAGAAAUACGAGAACAAACUGUCGGUUCGACUUUAGUAGUGGAAGGCGUGCCAGUGCCAUCUCCUCGUAAAGAUUAUUUGGUGCGAGCCGAGAACUUGGUUCCAGUGCCUGAACCUUUAGUAAAAUCGGAGCAACCACCGUGCUACAUGUGUGCCCUUGGGCUAGAAGUAAAACAUACAGAUGUGUUGAUACUGAGCCAGUUCGUAAGAUCUGAUGGUUGUAUGCUACCGCGACGCAUCACUGGUCUCUGUCGGCGCCAGCAGAAAAAAAUAGGCAAGAUGGUUACAAUGGCUCAAAAAGCAGGUCUCAUGAUCAAUCUUACUCCAAAGAAUUGUGCAAAAGAUCCAAAAAAGAGAUACCAGCAUAAAAAGUUCAACACAUACUUUGAUGAAAGUACAAUAUUCAUGAAGAGGAUACCAAAACCAUGGGAGAAGUUCAGACGAUAAUUUUCUUGAGAAUCUAGUAUAAUUUUAGAGAUAUAAUAAUGGAAUUAAAUAUUAUUAACAAUA